AUCUGAUUUGAAUGGACAAACCGUGAUAGACGAGUGCUUAACUGGUCCUAGACAGGUAUUAAAUGAAUGAAACUGCAUCCAACGACUCAACCGAGUCAAGAGAGCCCAAUGGAAGAAUACCAACUGCAUCUCAAUUAGAGAUCAUCACCCAUCCAUGUGAACCAAAUACCUUAUUAAAGGUGAAAGCAGGCCCAGGAAGUGGUAAAACAUUCACGCUUGCUCAUAGAAUCGCACACCUCAUCAAAAAUCGAGAUAUAAAGCCUAGCGAAGUGUUGGUAUUGUCAAUGAGUAAUCGAGCAGUCAAUAACAUUCAAAAGACAUUAGCAAAAAUCCUAGAUGACCAGACAAUCAAGGAGAUCACGGUCAAUACAUUCCAUUCAUUUUCAAGCCAAUUGAUUGAUGAAUACUCUCAGUUUUACUACAAAGAUUAUAGACAUAAAAGGUUAAUGGAUGAUAUAAGUUGGAGAAAUUUUUCUAAUAUUUUCUCGGGUAAGGUUAUAAGUUUAGAUGGUGAAUCUGUCAAAGGUUCUAUUACUCCAGCCUCAUUAGAGAAGGUAUUGUCGGAUAUUAAGAUUGGAAAAAUUAGUGUUUCUAAAGCUGCUUCGGAGUUCCAAUUGAACGAAGCUUAUUUAAAGCUAUUAAUUGAGUAUAUGAACAAAAAUGGAUUUAUCCGAUAUAAUGAUUUGAUCAUCAAUGCAUUAGAGUUGAUCCAAGACUCUUUGGACCAGUUGAAUGAGGUUGGUCAGGUCCAAUUGAUCCCAACGUUGUCGAGGUAUAAAGUUGUAAUAGUUGACGAAUUUCAAGAUAUGUAUCAUCAAUUAUUAUCGAUUAUUCAUUCGUUAGUAAAAUACCCAACUGUUAAUAAUGGCCAACAACUUAAACAUCUAACUAUUGCAGGUGAUCCAAAUCAAAGCAUUUAUGAAUUUUUAGGAUCCAAACCUGAAUUAAUGGAUUUUAUUGAUUAUGAUUUCCCAAGUUUCCAAAUAUGUGAAUUGAGUAUUAAUGAGACAUUUAGAUUAACUAAUGAAAUCUCCAAGAUGUCUAGCAAGAUAGCUUUUGGUACAGACUCUAAUAUAAUCAGUUCAAAAGGGCAAGGUGAAUUACCAAUAAUAAGACAGCAUUAUUCCCAAUAUCAAGAGUAUAUCUUCAUUAUUGAAGAAAUAAUUCGCUUGAUAUUUGAACUGGGUGGCUUAAUUAAGCCAGCUGAUUGUAUAAUUUUAACUAGGUAUAAUAAGGAAAUUGAUGAAAUAAGUAAAAUCAUGUCAACGAUAUAUGAUUUAAAUUUUGAAAAAUUAACGUCUGGAAAUGAAUGGAUCAAAACUAAACUUCAUUGCUUCUUGGAUAUACUUUACAUUUUAAAUAAAAAUGCUGGAUUUGAAUUCAGUUUAUUAAGUUUAUUAUUGAAAAUUGAUAACAAGAUAGGCAAUCGAGGAAGAAUCUCAAAACUAUUCAACGAAUACAAUUCUUGGAUGAAAAAUAACCAAAGCAGAUCAUUAGAGGAUUAUUUAAAUGAACAGUUGAUCCAGGAUUCUACUAAAAAUAACAAAAUCUUGAAAUUGAAACAAAUUUAUAAGAUUGAUAAUCAAUCAGUUUUAAAUAAAAUCAAUUCAUUUUUGAAAAGCAUCCGAGAUGAAAGGAAUAAGAUCUUUGAAUCGUAUAAUAACGCAAUUGCAACUCAAGAUCAUGAAACUAUCAAGAAUUCUAUAACCCCCACUAUGAUAUUGGAAUCAAUAUUUAAUAUUGCUGAAGCCCUGGGGAUACUUGACUAUAUUAAUGAGCCAGACUCUCAAGGUAAACAUAAGGUUCAAGAUAACAAGCAGAUUGAAAAAGAUCAUAAAUAUAUUUUGAAAAGAUGGUUGUACUCUUUUAAUUCAUCAUUAGAAUGUUCAUUUGCCAAUUAUAUCGAAUCAAACAAAGAAAGUACCUUCCUAGAUCAUUUCUUAAGAAACUGUAAUGAUGAAUGUCCCAUUGGGAACCAAGAUUCAAUCAAACUUUCCACAAUACAUACUGCUAAAGGUCUUGAAUAUCCAAUUGUAUUUAUAGUCGGGUUAUCGAAGUUUGGAAAUAAAUCAUACUGGGAAUCUUUAUUGACUAAUGAGAGUAACUCAGUAUCCAGAGACUUAUCUAAAUCAAGGCUAUUCUAUGUGGCAAGUACAAGAGCACAAUCUGUAUUGUAUUUAGGUAGUACUAAACCAAUUGAUGAAUUAUCAUCGGAAGUUCAACAAACGUUUACAAAUAAAUUACCCCAACUAUUAGAUAGCUCAAAAUUAAUGUCAAAUUUACUGACCCAACUACAAAGACCUUUACCACAUGAAGCUAAGCUAAAAUCUGGGUUACAAUCUUAUCAUAUCUUCAAAUCACGGAAACAAAAUUAUUGUACUUCAUCCAAAAAAUUUAACUCAAUAGAAUGCACCUCUAGCGCAUCCGUUUGGCCUAUGAGCAACUUUACAAUACCUGUUCCAAUUUCCACGUCAAGUAAAUGGAGAUUAAAACCCUGUAAGGUUAUGCUUAAAUUGCUUAUGAAAAGAUGCUGAUAUUCUGAAUCCUUACACAAAAGACCUUAGAUAUUUCAUGAUAAAACAACAAUAGACAUGAUAUUACGUGAUUUGGAAUUUCGGGCUCUGCAAGUACUAUCAAGCCUUCCACCUACAGUUUUUGUGGUGACCUUCUUCGGAGUUUUACAACUUUAUCCUAAAGGUGACUCAUUUCACAGUUCUUAAAUGGCAAUUUGCACUCAUCAGGAUCUCAUUACAUAAACCAGAUACCAAAAACGGAUGAAUUAUGAACAAUCACCUUGAAUUUGACAGGUGGGCUUAAACCCCAGCUAACUGAAUAUUUCGUUUCAACCACUAAUAUCCCAGCUAAUUACUUUAUUACCACGGCCCAAUACAUGGCUCUCAAUGACUGAACUGUCAAGUACUAAAUAAAGACCUUAAAAACGCAAAAAGCGCAAAAAAAAAACGAACC